AUGGAAGAACAGAAAUCUACCACCGAACACGACGAUCUGCCCGCAUUGUCAACCUCCCACGAUGCUGUGAAAGAAUCCGAUCACUUCAUCGGCUGUCGAGGCUAUUGGGAAGCCACACUAGAAGAUGCCCAGGCUGGCAAUGCUCAUGAACAUUCUCUCCGUAUUGUUACUGCCCUAAAAGCAUACCCGAUGGCGGUGGUCUGGUCGCUGGUGGUCUCCAUGUCUAUCAUCAUGGAGGGUUGCGACACAGCGUUGAUUGGCUCGCUCUAUGCCUAUCCGAGGUACGCUCAGCGCUUUGGCGCGCUAGACCCUUCGACAAAUACGUACCAGAUUCAGGCGAAGUGGCAGAGCGCCAUGGGUAGUGGGCCUCAGGCUGGUGCUGUUGUUGGUGCCCUUCUGAAUGGCUACCUUAUUCAGCGCUUUGGCUAUCGGCCGGCCUUCACUUUGGGUGUUGUAUUGAUGGCGGCAUUUGCGUUUGUGUCCUUCUUCGGUAUGUCCAUCGAGCUGCAGGCAGUUGGGCAGAUCCUUUGCGGUGUUCCCUGGGGUAUAUUCGCUACUAUUGGCCCUGCAUACGCCUCGGAGGUUUGCCCUCUGCCUUUGCGGGUAUAUCUCACGGCAUAUACCAAUAUGUGUUUUGCAACCGGCCAACUCGUUGGUGCGGGUGUUUUGCAGAGUUUUAUUAAUCGCACUGAUCAGUGGUCGUGGCGCAUUCCGUUUGCCAUUCAAUGGAUAUGGAUUCCUUUUCUCCUUGUCGGAUGCAUCUUCAUGCCCGAAUCCCCUUGGUACCUAGUCCGCCGGGGAAAGUAUGUGGAGGCAGAAAAGACCGUCAAGUCUCUCAUGUCAGAAAGUGAGAAGCCGCAAGCACGACCACUCGUGGCUCUGAUGAUUCAUACAAACGACCUUGAGCGUGACGUAACCGAAGGCACGUCCUAUUGGGACUGUUACAAGGGCACUGACCUCCGACGGACUGAGAUUGCAUGUGUUUCCUUCGUCGGCCAAAUUACUUCUGGUGCCCAAUUUGCGUACUCCGCCACCUAUUUCUUCCAGCAAGCCGGUCUCAGUCCCGAUGACUCGUACAAACUCAACCUAGGUGGUACCGGUAUUGCCUUUUGCGGUACUAUUGUCUCUUGGUUCUUGAUGAAGCAAUUCCAUCGGCGGAGUCUUUACCUCACCGGAAUGAGUCUUCUGAGUAUGUGGCUUUUGAUCAUUGGCUGUCUCGCCACCGACAGCAAAAAUCCAACCAUUAAAUGGGUUCAGUCAGUUCUUUGUAUCGUCUGGUUGCUUACAUACUCUCUUACGAUUGGGCCCGUCGGCUGGACUAUCCCAGCAGAAGUUUCAUCUACUCGAUUGAGGUCUAAGACCGUUGUGUUGGCCCGAUCCUCAUACUACCUGGCACAAAUCAUGGCGAACGUCAUGCAACCUUACAUGAUGAAUCCUCUUGCAUGGAACUGGAAAGGUAAGACAGGAUUCUUUUGGUUUGCCUUCGCCGCUCUAACCGCAGUUUGGGCGUUCUUCCGUCUUCCUGAGACCAAAAGACGAAGUUAUGAAGAGCUUGACGUGAUGUUUCAUGCGAAGCUCAAAACCAGAAAGUUCAAAAAAUAUCAUGUCAAC